CUUAAAGACUCGUUGCCUGUUUUACCGACAUGAGCAAGUCGCCACGGAAGUGAUCAGUCAUCUUUUCUGGAACAUAAAGCUUAUCCUUUCGUCUUUGUAAAAAGACAAAGUGACUGUACACACCACAUUUGUUGAAGUAAUUAGUUGAGCCAAUUCCUGUGUACCUUGUGGAGUUUCAACGUCCAAAAAGAAACCCGAAGUCCGCUUUUGACCCACGUCGUGUCUGUGAGUUUUGAAGGAGGCCAUCUUUGCAAUCUCCUAUCAGAGGUCCUUGGCUCGAGGUUUCAUUGUCUGGUGAAAAGCCAGUAUUUAUUACACAUACACUCCGUCAAAUGGCUUUAAAACGAAUUAAUAAGGAAUUACAAGACCUCGGCAGAGAUCCUCCCGCACAAUGUUCAGCAGGACCUGUUGGAGAUGAUUUAUUUCACUGGCAGGCCACAAUUAUGGGACCACCUGAUAGUCCAUACCAAGGAGGAGUAUUCUUUUUAACAAUUCAUUUUCCAACAGACUACCCGUUCAAACCACCAAAAGUCGCGUUUACUACAAGAAUCUAUCAUCCAAACAUAAACAGUAAUGGUAGCAUUUGUCUUGAUAUACUACGUUCGCAGUGGUCACCAGCACUUACGAUUUCAAAAGUACUCUUAUCAAUCUGCUCACUUUUGUGUGACCCCAAUCCAGAUGAUCCAUUAGUACCAGAAAUUGCUAGGAUAUAUAAAACCGACCGGGAAAAGUACAACGAGCUAGCGCGCGAGUGGACUCGCAAAUAUGCUAUGUGAUGCCCCGGCCCCCAAACCCCACACUUCACACUUUAGAUAAAAACAACUUAUUUAAUUGCAACACUCGGAGGGGAUGAGCCAGCGUUCAUUUCUGUCAACUUGUACAUUUUGCUUUGGACUGUGCUCCCUCCAUCACUUACUACCACAGUAUCGAUUGGGGUUUUAAAGUGUUAAAAUCAUUUAUAAUCUACAUUAAAUUUGAAAUUAUUUUAUUUUAAUAUAUUGUGGUUGUAAGAAGUCAA